CUAUCAGCCAUGUAUGAUAACUAUCCACCCCUGGCGGCUUUGCCGCAGCUCACCCUACACCCUUCCGUGGACCCUGAACGCCUCGAUGCAGCCAAAAUCGUCAAUGACUGGCUUUCCUCUUUCACCGAGAGUCUGUCCCAGCGCCGAUCGGAAGAUAUACUAGGCCACUUCCUUGAAACAGAGUCGUGGUGGCGAGAUUUCGUUUCUUUCUCGUGGGAUAUCGCAUGUCAUAACGGAGCCGAGACUAUAUGCAACUACCUCAGCAGUUCAAAUGUUGAGUUCGCAGAGCCUAAAGCAGAUCAGCCCGGCGCAUUACAGCCACAGCUGGCGGAUAUGGGCGGUCUGCGGUUCAUCCAGUCCGGGUUUGGCUUCAGGACCAGUUUCGGCACUGGGAGGGGGUUUCUGAGGCUGGCCAAUGUUGGACCGGAUCAGUGGAAGGCUUGGACGGUUUUCACCGUGAUUGAGAAGUUGAAUGGACACGAUGAGCUGUUUUCACGCAGGGCAAAGGAAGCCGAGAUGCAGGGUGGUGCCUCUAGUAGUGGAACGCCAGCAGCAAGCGACCAGACUGACAGUAACCUGCAAGUCUUGGUAGUUGGAGCAGGCCAAUCUGGACUUGCCCUUGCUGCGCAUCUGCAGCACCUAGGCAUCACAUAUCUGGUCGUAGACAAGGCAUCUCAAGCCGGAGACUCCUGGCGAGCCAGAUACGACACGAUCAAAUCGCAUACUCCUACAUUCUCAGACCACUAUCCCUUCCUGAAAUACCCCAGCAACUGGCCGCGUUUCCUCGACAAGGAACACAUUAUCAAAUGGAUGGCCCACUAUGGGGAUAUCAUGGGCCUCAACAUCAAGCGGGCCACCCUCGCGAGUAAAAUCGAGUACAACAAGCUAACGCAGCGGUAUUCGGUCGAGCUUCAGAGCAAGGACAGCACCCAGACUAUCACUCCCAAGCAUGUUGUGCUAGCCACAGGGUUGUUUAGUACUACGCCGAUUGAACCUGCAUUCCCUGGAAAGGAUCUAUUCAGGGGCCAGGUCUACCACACAGCGGAACAUCAAUCGGCAGCCUUGGUGCCAGACGUGCAGAACAAAACAGUUACAAUAAUCGGAGCUGGAACCAGCGCGCACGACGUCGCUCAGGAUUUCGUCAACCACGGGGCCAAGUCUGUAACGAUGGUUCAGCGUCAGCCUAUCUACGUUAUAUCCCUUGACUCGAGUGAAAAGAUCCAGAUGGUGCUGUGGAACACACCGGGAGUGAGUACCGAGGACGCAGACCUUCUAGGCAACUCGCUGCCAACUGCUGUUGUUCGCACUCUUAGUGUUGGUGCGACACAGAUGAUGUCGGCGAACGAUAAAGCCAUGCUAGAUGGUCUGGAAAGGGCCGGACUGGCAGUGAAAAGGGGAGAACAAGGCGACAGCUUGAUAGACCAUCAGCUCAUCAAAGCAGGCCAUUUUUACAUUGACCAAGGAGCAUCCCAAAUGAUCAUCGACGGCCGGAUUCAGAUUCGGAGAUGUGCAGAGGGUGUGCAGGGGUACUCCCCAGAGGGAAUAGUCCUGGCCGAUGGAACGGAAGUCAAGUCUGAUAUUAUUAUUCUGGCAACGGGCUUCGAACCCAGUGCCAAAGCAAUUGAGGCGCUGAUGGGUAGGGCUGUGAUGGACAAGGUCUGGAGACCGACUGGGAUGCCAGGAUUCUGGUAUACGACUGGGAGUUUUCUGUGGUCGAGACAGUUCGCUCCCAUUCUCGCUUUACAGAUUGAUGCUAUAGAGCGGGGGAUGAACAGACAGUAG